UCGCUCUUAUUUUGGCAUGUCUUUGGAUCAGCGCUACUUUCGCCAUUUACAAUGUCAAUGACUGAUGAGAAAAAUCCUCCAAAACUUCUACAGUCGCCCAUUCAAAUUCCCAACUCUGUUAACAAGAUCAAGAAGCCAAACCCAUAUACACAUAUCAAGCGAAAUGUGUAUUUGGUCAAGAAAAGAAAGCGUAGUACAGAAAAUCUUGAUAAUGGAAUGCAGUGCUCCUGUAAAAUCUGUGACAAAGACUGUCUUUGUGCCAUGCUAAACUCCAUCUGUUCUUCAACAUGCAGGUGUGCAAAAUCAUGCUCAAACAAACCGCUUCAUCAACGGCUAGUUAAAAGACUGAGACUCUCGCAGACAGAGAAAUGUGGGUGGGGAGUAAAAGCAGGCGAAGAUAUUAAGGCAGGAGAAUUCGUGAUAGAAUAUGUUGGGGAAGUCAUAGAUCACAAAAUCUGCAGAGAAAGAGUGAUGAAAUUGGAAGAAAAUGGGGAGACAAAUUUUUAUCUGUGUGAGAUUGGUGGUGGAUUGGUGGUUGAUGCAACUUUCAAAGGAAACAAGUCAAGGUUUAUCAAUCAUAGCUGUAACCCUAAUUGUGUGCUUCAAAAAUGGGAAGAUGAUGGUGAAACGACAACUGGGUUGUUUGCUAAGAGUGAUAUAAGAAAGGGGGAGUUUAUUACGUAUGAUUAUCAGUUUAUCCAGUUUGGCAUGGACCAACCAUGUUAUUGUGGUGCAACUGAUUGCAGGGGCUUUCUUGGUGCAAAACCUAAACCUAAUUCACAUGCACGUAGUCAAAAGAUUGAUGGGAUUGUACCCAAAUGUAUUGGAUUGCGUGUUCGUGUAUGGUGGCCUCUUGAUCAAGAGUUUUACAGUGGAACUAUUGUGGGUUAUGAUACAGAUUCUGAUAAGCACCGUAUUGUUUAUGAUGAUGGUGAUUCUGAGUCCCUUGUUAUGUUAAAUGAGACAUGGGAAUUUGAUAGAAAGGAAAUGGCCACAUCGCUUGUCUCUGAUAACCUACACUGUGAAGAAAACCCAGAAGAUUAAUGGUGUUUCAGAACCAAGAAGAUUAAUGGUGCUUGAAAAACAAAGAAGAUUAAUGGUAUUUGAUCAUGGUGGUCAUUUUGUUGUUCCAUACUAUGUAAUGUGUCAUUGUUUCAUUUUCUUGUGAGGGAAUAUGUAGCUGAAAUUGAACGUCAUUUCUUCCUCCAAUAGGAAUGAAUGGUUCCAUUUCAUGAAUGUUUUUUCUUUCACUUAAU